AUGAACACGGAGGAUUACAAGAAAGAGAUUCUGAGGCAACUUAGUGAUGGAAAAUAUUAUGAAAAACUUAAACAAGAUCCUAAAGAUAAUAUUCUUAAGAAUAUAUCUACAUGUAUUGAAAGUAUAGAAGAGACAAAUAGUAAUGUAACUAAGGAAUUUGACAUGUUUCCAGAGUCUGUUAGAACUCUGGUAUUUUACGUGCUGCCGAAAAUACAUAAGACUCCCGACAGCAACCUACCGCUAAAUUAUCCCGGGCGACCCAUUGUGUCGGCAUGCAGCUCGCCCACGGAGAACAUUUCAAAAUAUCUUGAUUAUAUACUCAAACCGCACAUGAUAAACUUACCGUCUUAUAUUAAAGACACAACUGACUUUAUUGAAAAGAUUAAAAGUUUCAAAUUCAAAAGUAAGGCUACUUAUUUAGUGACACUAGAUGUUUCUUCUCUAUACACAAACAUACCGCACAGCGACGGAAUAGACGCAUGUAAAUAUUUUUUGGACGAGCAUUGUCAUGGAAGAUUGAAAUGUGACGAUGUCGCAAACCUCAUUAAACUUGUUCUGCAAAAUAAUUAUUUCAAAUUUGAUGAAGAUUUUUAUCUCCAAAAAAUGGGUACUGCGAUGGGCAGCUCAAUGGCACCAUCAUACGCAUCGUUAUUUAUGGGAAAAUUUGAACAAGACUUCCUUAGAAAUCGAGAUCUACAACCGACACUUUGGCUGCGUUUCCUGGAUGAUAUUUUUAUGGUGUGGGAUCAUUCCUUGGAAGAACUAGAACUUUUCAUCAGAGAGUUAAACAGUUUUCAUCCUGACAUAAAGUUUACGCAUACUAUUUCACAAGAUUCGCUCUCGUUUCUAGAUGUAAAUAUAUCCAAGGGAGAGAAUUUAUGUGUUGAAACUAACAUAUAUGUGAAAGAAACUAAUAACCACCAGUACCUGGACUAUACAUCAUGUCAUCCCAAACAAUGUAAAAACGGUAUUCCGUAUAGUCAAGCAAAACGCUAUAGACGUAUAAUAUCAGAUGAUGACAAGUUCAAACAUUCAUUAUCACAGCUUCGUGAAUUCUUCGUUGACAGAGGUUACCCACAUGAUGCGUUAGACCAUGCCUUCCAAAAAGUAGUCAAUAUAUCUCAGCAAGAAGCUUUACAGACUCAAGUUGGGGACAAAAAUAGUGUAAUUCCUUUUACUAUUGUGUAUGAUCCAGCACUUCCACGUAUUGGUAACACUAUUAAUAAAUACUGGAGUAUUUUGAACCUAUCAAAAAGCUUUACAACUAAAUCCAUUUAUGAGAACUGUAAACCUGUUGUUGCCUAUAGACGUCCGAAAAAUUUACAAGACUAUUUGAUAAGUUCAGAGUUCAAUAAGCAAAGUGAUAAACUUUAUCUCUCACAGAGAUGUAAUGGUAGCCGAUGUUCGCAUUGUACCAAUAUCGAAACAGGUUCAGAAUUUACCAGUCAAAUGACUGGUCAAGCAUACAGUUUACAUCAUAACAUAUAUAAGUUCCUUAUAUGGAAUGAGGUAUGUUUGUAUGUAGAUGGAUGUAUCAGUUCCAUAUACGGAAUAAGUGGCGGUCAGUAA